AUGGCAAUCCCAAUCGAAGAAUGGUAUUAUGAAGUACCCGUAAUAACAAGGACAUAUGCGACAGCUGCUGUUUUGAUAAGCUUGGCUGUACAAGUUGGAUUCGUGACUCCAUUUCAAUUAUAUUUAAACUUUGAUCAGACUUUUAAUGGUCGUCAGAUUUUGUUAAUUUUAUGGAAAAAUAACAGAGUAAGAUAUAGUCGUAUGUUGGAGGAAGGUUCAUUUCGUGGACGUACAGCAGAUUAUUUUUGGUUAAUAUUUAUAUCGGCGGUUGCUUUACUCUGUCUAUCACCACUUACAAAUAUACCAUUCUUAGGAUCGCCGCUUGCAUUUACAUUAGUUUACAUUUGGUCACGGAGAAAUCCUUUUAUAAGAUUAAAUUUUAUUGGACUAUUCGUAUUUGGUGCACCGUAUCUUCCAUGGGUUUUACUUGGAUUUUCACUUUUGUUAAAUAAUGUAUUUCCUAUAGGUGAUACAUUGGGAAUUAUAAUUGGUCAUAUAUAUUAUUUCUUUGAGGAUGUUUGGCCACAUGAAAGGAAUAGUGGCGGUAGACGUUGGUUAAAGACACCACAAAUAAUUGUACGGUUAUUUGAAGGAGGUCAAACAAAUACAACUGAUGGUAUAACGACUGAAAAUGAAAUAGCUUUUGCUGAGGGAGUAGGCGAACAUGGAGAUCAAGCAAUUGCAGGUGAUGAUAAUAAUUUAACAAAGUAUUUAACACAAGAAGAAUUAGCAGCUAAGUAUAAUAAUGUCACUCAAACAGCAAUCUCUAAAAUUUUUAAAAAUAAAGAUAAAUAUCUUGCUUUAGAUUCAGAAACAACAGACUUAAAUAAAGAAAGAAAUUGUCAAGCUGCAUUUCCUGAAAUUGAAUAA